UCACAUCACAUCACAUCAUAUCACAUCACAUCACAUCACAUUUCAUUUAAAUGUAGAGUAAACGAUGGUCUUGAACAUUCUUCCUCACAUUAGCUCCACAAUAGCUCUGCACGAGUGUGCAUAUGAAUCGGCGUGGUAGAAGCGCGAAAAUGCCUUUCUUGAGAAGAAAAAAAAAGAAAGCAGAUAUUUACGAUCACCAGCGUUCUUCGUCCUUGCGCUGUGCUUCGAUUUUCUCAUCGUCAAACAAAAGGGAUUGUGAGACAAGAAUCGUAUACAGAAUGGAGGGAGACGAUGGCCCUUCAGCCAUCGGUAAUAAACCCACCGUUAUUAAAGCAGCACAAGAAGAAAUGGGACGAUUAGAUGUACUGGUAUGUGGACAGUGUCAUUCUGUCUUUCAUUUUGUCGAAGAGUUUCAAGAACAUCGCACAAAGGAGGGAGCCUGCUCCAAAACGUCACGUAUUCGUGACACCAACGAUAAUGGACAAAAAGCACAAGUAUGGGCGUUUCUAUUAUGGAAGGAUACACAAGUCCAAGACAGUUCAGACAAGGAGGCAUCUAAUGCGUGGUCAUUAUAUCAGAAAUGGUGUAAGAUGGAUACGAAAGUGAAGGAGGCUUGGGUCACAGCAGGAAAAACUAUACAAACUUUUACAAAAAUUAGUAACGCAAAGAUGCAGGAUACCCUGAUGCAAUCAAAUACCAAUGUCGAAGGUGCCAAACCGAUAAUAGUUCGUAAAGUUGUCAGAAAUGGACAACCAGAAGAAACAGGCGAAGCUAAAAAGGAUUCUGCAAAAUCGCUGGAAACAAAAACGCAGAAAAAUGAAUCUAUGGAAAUUGAAGUAGACAAGAAGGAAAAACCAAGACUGAAACCAUCGAUCAAGCCCAAAAUCAAGUCUGGCAAAGCAACUAUCGAAGAAGAUGCAGACUUAAGUAACGAAGAAUAUAUUGUCGACAAAAUAUUAGCUAAACGUUUUAAUACUAAAAAGAGAUGCUCGGAAUAUUUAAUCAAAUGGGAAGGCUAUCCACAUGAAAACAAUACAUGGGAAUCUGCAGAGGCUGUAGCAGCAUGCAAAAGUUUAUUGGAUGAAUUUGAGCGGAGUCUCGCCAAGCAAAAGGAGUCUAAAGCAGCGCAACAGCAUGCUAAUACAAAGGUCGUCGGACGUGUGAGUUUACCGCAAAAAUCAGUGAUAAAAGCUGAGACUAGUCAGCCUGGACCAAGUACUGCGGCUCAAGCAGGACGCCCGAUGCGGUCUAGUAAAUCAAAAGCAAUGGAUCAAGUCAAGCAAUGGUGUGGCUCGAUGAAAGAUGAAGAGAAUGAACUGUUAGGUAAAAGGAGAAUUGAUGAUUCGGAGAGUGAUUCGGAAGAAGGAGGGAGCAGUGCCGCAAAGAGAACGAAAGGUGACACGGGCAGUGAUGACGAAUGGACUGGGGAAUCUGAAGACGAAAGACUAUUGGGCCGUAGCGACGUGAUCCAACGUGCAUUCAAUCGCGCUAAUGCACAAUCGAAUGGAUCCAACAGAACCUCGGUUUCAUCCACUGAUCUGGCAACGUCAUUAGGAUUGCAAUCUCCAGAUGGAGCGAAAUCUAGCCAACCGCCUGUUUUAGUGGCUAGCGCCAAGGGGGUUGUUAAAGUCGAUCCCAAACAAAUGCCGAAUUUGGCUUCCGGUCUCUACGUUAUGUCGCGAAAAGAUGGUAUCAUCAAAUUGAAUUCGUCCCCCAGUGGGAAACUAGCGGUUAAAGGAUCUUCGACGACGCAAGGUGUUGUAAUGGUUCAAAAUCGAGAUAAUACAAACGUAAUAAAAAAACAAGUAAUUUCGACAUCGCAGUCAAAUUCGAUGACUCCUGUGAAAGUCGUUUCGAAAAUGGACGGAAGCCAAGUGGUAACGCAGAUGAAGGUAGUCACCAAGGCCGUUACACCGAAAAUGGGCAACGUGCAGAAGAGCGAACCUAUAAAGAUACAGCCGAAGCCGGAUCCGUCGCAAUUGCAGCAGAUACAUGUUGUGGCUGCAGUGCCAACACCGAUAGCUUUGCAACCGAGAAUACCUACAAGUGUAAGAUCUGCCCCUGUCACACCUCAACGAACGGUAGACGGUCGUCCUUUGCUACCUAGACCGUCAUUACGUCCGACAGCGACAACGAGCGUUCUUGGUACAAUUCGUACGCCCGUCAGAGCACCUGCACCGAGACAGAUUCAGGCGCAAGUGACGCGUCCAGUGUUGCAAAAGCGUACGACGACGGUCGUAAGUACGCAACAGACCGUUUCACCGGUUGUCACAGUGACCGGCACGGUUACACAAAUUAGGCCAAAAUUCACUGUACUCACAACAUCUCCGCAGUCCAAACAGGUAAUCAAAACCAGUCCAGUACAACAACAGCAACAACAACAACCACCAACACCAUCAUCACAACAACAAACAAAACAGUCUUCGAAGACACCAGUAGGUAAGGCACAAUCAUCAUUGUUAUCUCCGCAACAAAAGUUAUUAAUGGUAAAGAGAAAGGCCCAAGAAGCAGCGGGCAUAAAACCGGGUGGUCGUGGACUUUUGGCAGGUGCUCGUACCGUUGCGGGACGAGGUAGAGCGAAAAUAGGUACCGAAACGCCUUCAGCGAUAGGUCAGACAGGAAACAAGCCUCCGAAGGAAAGCAAAUUAGCGGAAGGUGACGGACUUCACAUGGAAUUUCACGAAGUUGGUUCGGAAGAGAGUAGCAGCGAAGAUGAAUCGGAUCUUCCCCCUGCUCCUGAGCCGGAUGCUAUUACGGCUCCAGAACCUGACAGUCCACCGCGUCCAUUUACAUUAUGCCCUCUCACAGGACGCAUAAUUGGUCCAGAUGGUGAACCGAUUGAGCAACCGGAUGAACCUGAAACCGGUGAAGCAACAACAAAUUCGACUAUAACAAAAACGGUUACUAACACGUCCGAAGCUGCGUCAGCAGAUCUAACCACGGCUACAACUGUCGUCGCCAACGCCAGUACUGUCACUCCUACACCCACUACAACCACGACCACCGUUACUGCAACUGCCUCUACUAAUGCCACCGCCGAAUUGGUCUUACCUUCUCUUGACUCGCUCACCGAAAGUGGUGGUAUUAUGAGAGUAGAGAUGAGUCCAGGUGGAACGACUGGCACCAUUGUCCAAGACAGUGAAACAGCACAGAUUAAUCUAUCGAAUGUAACUAUAUCUGCGCCAGAUUUACCUUGCUUGGAUGAUACCGCUUCUACAGUAGUAGUGACUGCCGCUCCACAGCCUGUAUCCACAGCAACAUCUUUGACAGAGACCGUCAUUUCUAGUUCCGCUGAAACAUCCAUUACUACGGUAUUGUCGACAGUUCCGGCGACAUCUACCGUUACUAUGUCAGUGACAACGGCGGAUGUCAAGACUGGGGAAAAGAUAUCGGAGGAGAAAAAAAUAACGACGAACGAUGCAUCCAAUCUAGUUACUAUAGCCGAACAUGGCGUCGUCUAUCAAGUCGCGAGCCAAGCCGAGGAUGGACAAACCCUCCUUGUGACGCAUGGUGCCGAUGGCGAGCAGCAAUGUGUAUAUGUCACUACCGAACAACAAGGAGAUGAUGGAUCAGUCUUGACGUUGGAUCAUGCGGUAGCUGAGGCUGUAGCGCAGUUGAUCCCCGAUCAAGUAAAUCUCACGCCCCAGUUUUAUGUAAAGGAAGAUGGAGCAGAACCCACGGAAAAUUCAAUGGUUAUGUCUAUAAUGGAUAACACAAAUGCGUCCGAUGUAAGUGGAACCCAAGAAGAUAACGAUGGACAUAACGAAGGACAGUCCGUUAUAGCUCAAGUGGUGCAAGCUGAAGAACCCACUCCAGGAGGAACUAGGAGGGUAGUGCUGUUGUUACCGGACGGAAAUUUAAUGAUGACCGAAGUGGAUGAGGAUCAGUACGCUGCUUUGGAACUUGAUAAGUGAAAACGGAUAUCAUUUUGCGCAUAUGCUAAUAAAAUACCAUGCCAAUGCAUCGAGUUGCAUGUACGCGCAUAUUGUACGUUUAAAACGUGAUCGUGAAUUGUAUAUAUGUAAAAACGUUCAACGUUCGUACAAUUGCACGUUAAUGACGUCUUAAUAUUCAAUGACUAGACUAAAUGUUGUAAGACGGAGAAAUAGCUGGUAUACUGUAAAAAAA